ACAGACGGCAAAAUUUUUGAAAACCAGAUACUGGAUGUGUUAAGCAUAUAUAACGUUGGACUUAAAAACGUUUUUUCCGUUACAUCGGAUAAUGGGUCAAACAUGUGCGCUGCUGUACGCGAAUUGCAGAGAGCAAUUGAAGCGGAGAUUGCCGAAGAGCAUGAAGAUGAGAACGGUGAAAUGGAGCAUUGGGAAGUUCUUUCGAAUGUUCUAGACGAGUUCAAGGACAGUGUAAGCUUAGUGAGGUGCGCUGUUCACACAAUGCAGCUUGCCGUUACUGAUGUUACAAAGCUGUACGAGGACAAUAUAAAAGCAGUGACUAACAUCGCCAAAGCUUGCCGCAAAAUUUCCUAUAUAGCGUAUUUCGAGGCAGAAGGGCAAGCGCUGCCGCCGUUAUACGCAAAGACAAGAUGGGGUGGAGUCUUUAAAAUGGUAGAGCACUUCAACAAAUUUGAAACGUUCUACGUUAAGUUGGGUGCAAUACACAAAGAACUAGAUUUAGAUAACAAUUGGAAAUUCGUCAAUAACUUCGUGCAAGCUUUUUCUCCAACUUACGAGACUACAAUCAAAUUUCAGGAUAAGCACGUUGGAUUGUCGGAUUUCCAUAUGUUAUGAAUCAACACGAUCCGAAUGACGAAGUUAAUACACAAUCCAAUGGCAGAAGAACUUUCAAAGAAUCUCUUGAAACGAUUGGAGUCUCUAAAAGAAAAAAGCCGCCAUUUUGCUGGAUCCCCGUUUUUACUAUGAGGAUUCACGU